AUGCACAAAAGAUUUGCCGGAGGACCUAUCCCUCCAAGCGCGAGCCUCGACGGUGCAGAUAACCGCACACAGAUCACCUUCACCCAGGCUGCUUAUCGACAGUCACGGGGAGUGGCGUGGGAUAUCCUUUGGCGUACUUGCGACUGGUGA